AUGGAGACCCAUGGUGGCAAGAUGCGAGGCCUUGGCCAAAAUGACUAUCGACGGGACAAAGUCCGGACUGAUCGAAUCGCGUCAAGUGAUGCUAACGAGGAUGUCUACCAUGAGACAACUCGUACUCCACUGUCCCAGAUUCUGGCAAGCCCUCCGAUCUCAGUUCAACCUCGGCCAAUCUACCCUCGCGCCUCAUAUCGUCAGAUACAUGUACCCACCACAUAUGAGAGUGACUACUCGGCUCCAUACCCCACUCAGUACUCCCCUGACACGUUCCCCGGCGAUCAUACGUACUCAGGCGAUCUUCUAUCCCGCGGGUCAAGCCUCAUUCGCCAAGCAAAUGACGCCAACCCGUUUCGUGUCCGAACAGAGGAAGAAAGACCUCGGAGCCGAAGCCCUCCUUACAUGUCCCCAGUUCCAGGUCUUUUGGAUCCAUAUGCUGGACUAGUCCCUAUUUAUUCUAACUUCCGCGGAUCUAUCACUCCAUCGCCAAAUCGAAGUGUGCAACCACUCAUCUCACCCGAAUCUCUUGAACGCGGGCGCCCCCUAAUCAGGAACGAGGAGCACCGGAUUGAUCUGCCCCAGAUCACAGAGUCUCCCUUGGAUCUAGGUGAACAUAAGCACCCUCAAAAUGCCCAAAAGUCCCCGCUUGCCUCGCGUCACACCGAGCGUGCGCAAGAGCGCGCAGGUCAAGCCCAGAAGGAGGAAAACGGGCUUCAAUGCGAAUUCGCAGACCCGUGCCGGAUGGAAGCAUCCCCCGAUGGAUUGCAUUUCCGCAAGGUCGUCUCGCAUGUUUUUGGACGCAACAAGGCAGUCACCAAGAUCUUUCCAGCCAAGGUCUGGGUUCACUACUGUCGGAAGCAUUACCAACGCGCUCGCUACCGAGCGGAUCAGUGGCCAUUCACCCAGUGUGAUCUUUUAAUGGAGUCACUCCAUCGAAUGGAAGAAUGGAACGGAGUUGCCGAUUUCGAGCUCACUCUCCGCCGUCGCGAGAAGAUUCGCGUUGCCGAGGUCGCAGAUGGUAAGUUGGCCAAGAAAGAAGCCACUGCCAAAGACAAGCAGGCUCCACGGUCGACUCGACCAGGAAGAAAGCACCCCACGGCGAUCAUUGCGCCGACCCCAGACUGGCUUCGACAGUGUGCCGGUGAUCACCUGUCCUUCGCCGAGAUCCGCACCAUCAUUGAGCGCAUCCGGCAGUACAUGAGUGCUCUUCGCAAACGGGAGAAGGAGCAACAGGCUGAGCAGAUCGACCAGUUCAAGAAGGCGACCACCAACGACGAGGGUCAAUCUACACUUGUGGUGCGCACCCACUCAAAGCGCCACCAGGCCAAGUCCCACCCAUACAAGCCUCGUCCGGCACCAAGCAUGGUCCGCUUCCCGGACAUCGAGAUUCUGCCCAACUUCCGGCCUUGGGUCCGCGAAGCCGCUCUUCGCCAGCGCAAAGCUGAGGCUGCUCAGCUUGGAGAAUAUCCUGGGGGCUCUAUUCAGGGACGCGGUCACACCAUUCUCCCUCUGCGUCCUCGAAACCCUUCUUUGACCGGCAAUGUCGGUCACUGUGAGAUUGGACGGGUUGGCACCAACCGUGGAAGCUCGACGAGUCAGCAGACUCGUAGCCGACGCGUCUACGAACAGGCUUUGGAUCGCAGUUCUCGCCGUCGACCCGUGAAGGAAUCUGAUCGGCUGGACCAUAAGGUGGGCCUGAUCCGCCGCCAGCCCACGUGUGGUGAGAAGUAG